UCAAGACGGUCAACACGUUUCUGACACAAUCCGACCACGCAACGGUGUGAAUUGUAGCAGCCGCGACCACUGCAAUGACGCGCGGCGCCCUGCUCCUGCUCAUCCUCGCCGCAUGCGCGGCGGAGGGCGGCGCCACUACGGUCAACGCCAACCCGGUCAGGAAGGUCGUCCAGAUGCUGCAGGCCAUGCAGAAAAAGGUUACGUCCGAGGGGGAGACAGAGGCCGAACUGUUCGAUAAAUUCAUGUUGGGUCGAUGUAUUGCAAGACGGGCUCCGGCGACCUCUCCAAGAGCAUCGGUGACGCCGAGACUAAGAUCCCCCAGCUGUCCAGCGAGCUGAAGGACUCCGAGGCCACGCUGGCGGAGACGAAGGAGGGUCUGAAGCAGGACCAGGAGGACCGCUCUGCCGCCAAGGCAGCCAUCGCCGAGGCGACGGGCAUCCGAAAAAAGGAGAAUUCCGCCUUCGUUGGCGCCAAGGACGAGUACGUUGCCAACAUUGAUGCGAUUUUGAAGGCGGUGGCGGCGCUGGAGAAGGGGACUGCGGGCUCCUUCCUGCAGACUCGCUCGGCAAGCGUUCUUCAGAAGAUCCUGAACUCGCGCGCGACCCAGGAGAUGCUCGAGGAGGACAAGCAGACGCUGCUGUCGUUCCUGUCCGGCGGCGGUAACCCCUUCUCGCAAGGCUACGCCCCGCAGAGCGGCCAGAUCGUGGGGUUGCUGAAACAGCUGGGGGACAGCAUGGCAACCAGCCUGGCCAACAUCAUGAUCGCGGAGGAGAAGGCGGUCUACACGUACGGGGAGCUGAUGAAGGCCAAGACCGCCGAGGUGAACUCCUUGACUGAAGCGAUCGAGGCCAAAACCGCGAAGAUCGGCGACCUCGGCGUCCACAUCGUGCAGAUCAAGGAUGACCUUGACGACACGUCCCAGGCCCUCAACGAGGACCGCUCCUUCCUGAAGGAGCUGGAGAAGGGCUGCGACACGAAGGCCGCUGAGUGGGAGGAGCGCAAGAAGACCCGCGCCGCCGAGCUGCUGGCCCUCGCCGAAACGAUCAAGAUUCUGAACGACGACGAUGCCCUCGAGCUCUUCAAGAAGACCCUGCCUGCCCCGGGCGUCGGCUUCGUGCAGAUGGACGUGGCCCGGGUCGCCAUGCGCAAGCAGGCGCUUGCCGCAGUGCAAGCGGCCCGCCGCACGGACCGCCAGGGGCACGUCAAGCUCGACCUCAUCAUGCUGUCCCUGUCUGGCCGCAAGGUGUCUUUCGACAAGGUCAUCAAGAUGAUCGACGAGAUGGUCGUCAUGUUGAAGGAGGAGCAGCUGGAUGACGAGCACAAGAAGGAGUACUGCGAACUCCAGUUCGACGAU